UUGACCUUCACUCCAGCAGCAGCUUUCUCCGUUGUGGACAUCGCCAGUCCCCCAGGAGCAGACGGCAGAGUGACAGAGCGCGACGGAGACGUCAAACAGUCACGACUCACGAGUGGAAAGGCCGACGGAAGCUUUUCCCAAGCUCCGCGACUUGACGAGCUGCAACGGAUUGACGUCCUACUGCUUGCUCAGAGCGACGCGAGCUUCAGACUUCUGAGCCUGAAAUCUUGA